AUGCCCGCCGUACUCAAAUCACUACUCGCAGCAUCCAUCGCUCUGGCCGGCAUCGUCUCCGCACAGGAGAUCUCGGGGCAGUACACCUGCGAGGCCGCGGGCGCGUUCACGCUCUGCCAGAACUUGUGGGGCGAGUUUGCAGGCGUUGGCAGUCAAACGUCUACGCUCGUCAGUACAAACGGCAACGAGGUAUCUUGGUUCACGAACUGGACUUGGGCGAACAGCGACAACAGCGUCAAGUCUUACGCGAACGUUGAGCACAACACAGCCAAGGGCGUACAGCUCCAGAACAUCAAGUCCGCGCCGACCGCUUGGUCGUGGUCGUACGACAAGAUCUCCGAUGGCAUCCGUGCGGACGUCAGCUACGACAUCUGGUUCGGAACGGCACAGAGCGGCGAGCCGGCUUCGAGCGCUUCCUCCUAUGAGAUUAUGAUCUGGCUGUCCGGCAAGGGCGGUAUCCAGCCCGUAGGCUCUCAGAUCACCACUGCCACCCCUGUAGCCGGCCACACUUGGAACCUUUGGAAGGGACCCAACUCGAACUGGGAAGUCUUAAGCUUCGUCUCCUCGACCGGCGACCUCACGGACUUCAACGUCGACCUCAAGGAGUUCUUCGACUACCUCGUCCAGGAGCAGGGCGUCGCCGCCACGCAGUACGUCCAGGCCAUCCAGACCGGUACGGAGCCCUUUGUCGGCACCGCGAACUUGAACAUCCACUCGUUCUCGGUGGAGAUCAACUCGUAA